CGGGCUCCGGGGCUACAAAACCCGCUGCGAAGGAGGGCUCGGACCCCACUCCCAGGCCUUGUGCCCCCUCCCCAGCGCCAGCAUGGCCAGCAGCGAGCCCGGCACGGAGCAGCCCAAGGCCGAGGAGCAACAGAGUGUGGUGACCCGGGUGGCCAACCUGCCCCUGGUGAGCUCUGCCUGUGGCAUGGUGUCCACGGCCUACAACUGCACCAAGGACAGUCACCCCUACGUCAGGUCCGUCUGUGCCGCCGCCGAGAAGGGGGUGAAGACGCUGACGGCGGCGGCGGUGAGCGGGGCACAGCCCCUCCUCACCAAACUGGAACCACAGCUUUCCACAGCCAAUGAAUACGCCUGCAAAGGGCUGGAGAAGCUGGAGGAGAAGCUGCCCAUCCUGCAGCAGCCCCCCGAGAAGCUCAUCUCAGACACGAAGCAGUUGGUGACCUCCACGGUGACAGGGGCCAGGGAUGUCCUGACCAGCACCGUGGCGGGGGCCAAGGGCGCAGUGAGCAGCGGGGUGACGGGGGUGAUGGAUGUGACCCGAGGCGCUGUGCAGGGCGGUGUGGAGCUCACCAAGGCAGCCAUGAGCAGCGGGGUCAGCACUGUCAUGGGCUCCAGCGUGGGUCAGAUGGUGGUGAGCGGGGUGGGCUCUGUGCUGGACAAGUCAGAGGAGCUGGUGGAUCAUUACCUGCCCAUGACGGACGAGGAGCUGGCCAAGCUGGCCACAGCUGUGGAGGGCUUUGAAACAGAGCAGCAGAAGCAGCAGCAGAGCUACUUCGUGCGCUUGGGCUCGCUGUCGACGAAGCUGCGGCACAGAGCCCUCCAGCACUCCCUGGGCAAGCUGCAGAGCGCCAGGCACAGCAGCCAGGACGUGCUGAACCAGCUCCAGCGCGCCCUCGACCUGGUGGAGCAUCUCAAGCAGGGCAUGGACCAGAAGCUGCAGGGUGGGCAGGAGAAGCUGCAGCAGAUGUGGCUGGAGUGGAGGAAGAAGCAAGGGGGUGGUGACAAGGAGCUGGUGGCACCAGAGCCCGUGGAGUCGGGUGCCCUGGCCAUGCUGCAGGGCUUGGCCCAGCAGCUGCAGAGCUCGUGCCAGCCCCUGGUGAGCAGCCUGCAGGGGCUCCCUGGCAGCGUGCAGGACACGGCGGGGCAGGUCCGGCACAACGUGGAGGAGCUGAGGGCAGCCCUGGCCUCUGCCAGCUCCCUGCAGGAGCUGCCAGGCAGUGUGCUGGCCACAGCCCGUGCCCAUGCCACCAAAGCUCGUCAGCUGAUGGAUGAGCUGGUGGAGCAUGUGGCUCACAAUCCCCCCCUGACCUGGCUGGUGGGACCCUUCACGCCCUCGGGCCAGCAGGUGCUGGACACGGAGAUGAAGUAACACGCUGUGUCUGUGUGUGUCCCCCACCCUCCCCAAGCCUCAGUAGGAGCAGCUACUAACCCCUGCCUGGCCCAUCCUGCUCCUAACCUCUGUGCCUGCCUGGCCUGGGCCCCCAGCUGCAGCAGGGCUGGGCAGGAGGGUGCCUUGGUCCCCCCAAGUGCCUUUUGGGGUCACCUCCAGCCCCUAGCUGCAUCUUCUCUCCUCCUCAUUCCCUUAUCCCUGGUGCCUUCGAGCCCCCCUUGUCUUGUAAGGUCAGGGCUGGCUCUUGAAGCAAUAAAUUCUGGUUAGUUUUGCA